AUGAGGGCCGACCUGGAUCACCGAGACAAGUGUAAGUACUGCUGGUUCCACCGAGAUCAUGACCACAAUACGACCAAUUGUGUGGAUCUCAAGGAUGAGAUCGAAACCCUUAUUCGGAAGGGACACCUGCGUCGAUACACCAAAGAGGGAAAAGCCUCUCGGAAAGAAGGAAGAGAGCGAGAGCAGCCAAAUAAUAUCACGGAAGAGCCCGCUGAAAUCCGUACCAUCUUCGGAGGUUCGUCUGGUGGAGGAGACUCGAAUAGGGCGCGGAAAGCUCAUUCCCGGAAGCCUAACCUGGAACGUUACGUUCAUUUAACCGAGCCACCCAGUAAGGAACUCUGCGUCAGCCCAUGCACUCUAACCUUCACGGAAGAAGACACACACGGAAUCCAGCACCCACACGACGAUGCCCUGAUGGUUACUAUGACCAUAGCGAACCGUAAGGUAUACUGCAUCUUGGUUGACACCGGGAGCUCAGCCGACGUGAUUUAUUUCGAAGCCUUUAAAAGAAUAGGGAUUUCGAGGUCUCAUCUUAGGCCUGUAAAGACCCCACUGCACGGCUUUACCGGGGAAAGAGUGAUCUCCGAAGGAGCCAUCUCCCUCCUAGUGACUGCGGGAGAAAGACAACAUCAAGUCACACUCAUGGUAGACUUCCUAGUUGUCAAUGUACCAUCAGUACACAACGUCAUUCUAGGCAGACCUUCUCUCAACGCAAUGAGAGCAGUCGUCUCCACGUAUCAUCUGAUGAUGAAAUUCCCAACCAAGGGCGGAAUAGGCUACCUCCGAGGCGAUCAGCAAGAAGCUCGGAGAUGUUAUGCAAUGGCAGUAAAGAAAUGUUCAAUUAAACAAGCACUCACCAUCAAUAUACUGGACCCCAGAGGGCCUGCGGAAGGCUCGUCCAUGGAAGACAUAGAGAAGGUAUCGCUUGACGAAGCCAAUCCGAGCAGAACCGUUUAA